UUCCCACAAUGCCGCGUUCCGGAAGUUGCCUCUCGUGAAAGGUGACUGGCUCGGCGGUGUAGCUCUCUCGUCGUCACCAGGAGGAAGCGGAGCUGGCAGCCGGCUCCGGACCCGUCGCGGAAGGCAGUUAUGGGCGCCGUCGUCCCGGAUUGUAAUUUUGUGUCAGUGAACAAUCCAUGAAGUGCCAACAUGGGAAAGAAACGAACAAAGGGGAAAAGUAUUCCAGUUAAGGCUUCCUCUGAAUCUGCAGAACCAAUGUGUAGACACCUUAGAAAAGGGUUGGAACAAGGUAAUUUGAAAAAAGCUUUAGUGAAUGUGGAAUGGAAUAUCUGCCAAGACUGUAAGACUGACAAUAAAGUGAAAGAUAAACCUGAGGAAGAAGCAGAAGACCCUUCAGUUUGGCUGUGUCUUAAAUGUGGCCAUCAGGGCUGUGGCAGAGAUUCUCAGGAGCAGCAUGCCUUGAAGCACUACUCAACACCAAGAUCGGAGCCUCACUAUCUGGUGCUAAGUUUGGACAAUUGGAGCGUCUGGUGUUACAAGUGUGAUGAGGAAGUCAAAUACUGUAGUUCAAACCGAUUGGGCCAAGUGGUUGAUUAUGUUAGGAAACAGGCUGGUACUACAGCUCCAAAGCCAGAGAAAGAUAAUGGACACAUUGAACUUGAAAAUAAAAAAUUAGAAAAAGAGAGUAAAAAUGAACAAGAGAGAGAGAAAUCGGAAAACAUGGCUAAAGAAAAUAUUCCCAUGGACUCUGCUUCCCAGAUAACCGUGAAAGGACUCAGUAAUUUGGGAAAUACUUGUUUCUUCAAUGCCGUUAUGCAGAAUUUGUCCCAAACACCAGUGCUUAGAGAACUACUGAAAGAAGUGAAAAUGUCUGGAACAAUUGUAAAAAUAGAGCCACCUGAUCUGGCACUAACAGAACCUUUAGAAGUGAACCUUGAGCCUCCGGGUCCUCUUACUUUAGCCAUGAGCCAGUUUCUUAAUGAGAUGCAAGAGAACAAAAAGCGAGUUGUGACGCCUAAGGAGCUCUUUUCUCAGGUCUGUAAAAAAGCAACACGUUUUAAAGGGUACCAGCAACAAGACAGCCAGGAGCUACUUCGCUACUUACUGGAUGGGAUGAGAGCGGAAGAACACCAAAGAGUGAGUAAAGGAAUUCUUAAAGCAUUUGGUAAUUCUACUGAAAAAUUGGAUGAAGAAGUAAAAAAUAAAGUUAAAGAUUAUGAAAAGAGAAAGACAAUCCCAAGUUUUGUGGACCGCAUCUUUGGUGGCGAACUAACUAGUACAAUUAUGUGUGAUGAAUGCAGGACUGUCUCCUUGGUGCAUGAAUCUUUCCUUGAUUUGUCUCUCCCAGUUUUAGAUGAUCGGAGUGGUAAGAAAAAUAUAAAUGAUAAAAAUGUGAAAAAGACAAUGGAGGAAGAAGAUAAAGACAGUGAGGAAGAAAAAGAUGACAGCUAUAUGAAAACAAGAAAUGAUAUUCCUUCAGGAACAAGCAAGCACAUACAGAAAAAAGCAAAGAAGCAAGCCAAAAAGCAAGCCAAGAACCAACGAAGGCAACAGAAAAUUCAAGAGAAGGUUCUUCACUUAAAUGAUAUCUGUACCACUGGCCAUACUGAAGACAAUGAACAUGAAGCUGAAAUGUCACUUCCAGGAGAAGUGGAAGUGGAUAUUGAAUCCAACCAUGUUUCUCAAGAGGAGGUUAUACAUACAGAAUUUUAUGUUAAUGAGAAAGAUUUGAAUGGCCUAGAGAAAAUGAUAGAAAGUACAACUGACAGUCAGUGUCUAGAGGCACUUGGUGUGAGAAGUGUCAACCGCGAGAAUGAUUUGGAGAUUGUGACAUCUGCUACUGAAUGUACUAGGGAUGCCUUCCUGGAGGAAGGGACCAACGGAGAACUUGACAUUACCAAUGGUUUAAAAAACCUUAAUUUGAAUGCUGCUAUUCAUCCUGAUGAAAUCAAUAUAGAGAUUCUGAAUGACAAUCAUUCUCCUGCAGCAAAGGUGUAUGAGGUCAUGAAUGAGGAUCCAGAAACUGCUUUCUGUACCCUUGCGAACCGGGAAGCUUUCAGUACUGAUGAGUGUUCAAUCCAACAUUGUUUGUAUCAGUUCACACGUAAUGAGAAACUUCAAGAUGCAAAUAAACUGCUCUGUGAAGUGUGUACAAGACGGCAGGGUAAUGGACCAAAGGCAAAUAUAAAAGGUGAAAGGAAACACAUUUACACCAAUGCAAAGAAGCAGAUGCUGGUCUCCCUUGCUCCUCCUGUCCUCACUCUCCAUUUGAAGAGAUUUCAGCAGGCUGGUUUUAACCUACGCAAAGUUAACAAACACAUAAAGUUCCCGGAAAUCUUAGAUUUGGCUCCUUUUUGUACCCUUAAAUGUAAGAAUGUUGUGGAAGAAAGUACAAGAGUAUUAUAUUCCUUAUAUGGAGUUGUUGAACACAGUGGUACUAUGAGGUCAGGGCAUUAUACUGCCUAUGCCAAGGCAAGAACUGCAAGUAGUCAUCUCUCUAAUCUUGUUCUUCAUGGUGACAUUCCACAAGAUUGUGAAAUGGAAUCAACCAAAGGGCAGUGGUUUCACAUCAGUGAUACACAUGUGCAAGCUGUGCCUGUAACUAAAGUACUCAACUCACAAGCAUAUCUCCUAUUUUAUGAGAGAAUACUGUAAUAACAAAAGUGCUUUCUCUGGAAAUACACCUAUGGCUUUUAUACUGGCUAUUUAACAUAAAAAUAACAAUAAAAAGUUAACUAACUAUAAGUUAUGUUCACCUAAAUGACAAAACAAUCAUGUUUAUUUAAAUACUUAUGGGAAAAUACUUAAUUCACAACGGUUUUUGUAUUGUCAUACUGAUUUUUACUACUAAAGUCCUGUGCUUAAUCUGCCUGGGUGGUAGUUCUCGACACAUCAAUAAACUGAUAUCCCCAAAACUUAA